GAAACCAGAAGUCAGUCAUAACUACGGUACAAGCUGGCAGUGCACCUUUUUCCCAUCUUGCUGUUUUUCAAUUUUGGUAGAGACGAAAACUCCUAAAUAGCAGCAACUAUGGCAUCGGGACUAGCAGCAUCGAUUCGAGGCUCAACGGAGAGCGAUACCUUUGAUUUAGCGGGGCAGACCCCGGCAACCGUGACCACCAACAUCACCCAAGCCUUCAAGGACCCCUUUCCCAUUGACGAAAUGAUUCGGAUCACAUUUGUUACGGGCGCGGGAAAGCUCGGGCGACAAAAAUACGACGAGGGAUGUGCCAAGGCCGUGACGUCCUCUCUGCGAGCCUUGGGGUUUGACGAGGACAGGGCGGCAUCGUGUGUACGCGAGUGUGCCGGGUUGUUCAAGCUCCAGCACGAUACUGGAAAGAACUUGAAAACAGUCGUUGUCUUUCCUAGGAUCAACGAUGCCAGCGAUCCGGGGGGUGGUGAUGACAACGAAGGCGGUGGUGCAAGUGGGAGUGACGAUUCUCUUUUGUUGCAACGCGGAAGUCCGGAGGAGAUGAUUGCCCUGUCCCCGAUCAGCAUGUUUCCAAACCUCUUGAAGAAUCGUUGUCCUUCGUGGAGCCAGAAAAAAGGCUGCAAUGCUGCGAUUUCUGACAUCCAGAGGCUUGUUUCUAGUUUGGAAGAGCGCCUCAUGGAAGGAGUGAUACUCGAUGACAACGAACAAGCUUUCUACGAUACUAUGUCUGUUGAUGAUCUCAAAGAAAAACACAACAUUGUCAAAGAGGCGAUGCAAAAACAAGUCGAAACCGACGGAAAUAUCACCCCAGAAGAGCACAAGCAGCUGUUGACGCAGGUUUCUGAUCGUUUAGAUACGAUCAAUGCCGACUUGGAGGCUGCGAAAAUAGAGAACAAGCCAAAGAAGGCUGAGAAACUUAGCAACAUGAAAACAAAAGUGCAACAGCGACAGGCCAUGUUGAGGAAGAUAACUCCGAAGAAUCCCGCACCAUUACGGUACCAGAGCGAAAUAGAGAAUUUGAAUGUCGAACUGAUUCCCUUGCUAAAGCUAGAAGACAGCACCAAGGGGAGACUGUUGUCGGUGAAGGAAACCAAGACGCUUGCACGAAAAGACGAAAUCCUCGAGGAGAUAACCCAACUCGAAAACGACAGUCGAGGAUGGUUUGAGGACGAUGCAUCCUUUGCGCUACGGGUAAAGAAAAGCAAGGCGGCAGCGAAGCAGGCCAGCAAGGCCUCCGCCAAAAAGUCCAGCACGAGCGCAAAAAAGAGUAGUAGUACUAACACUAGUGCCUGGAUGUCCUCGUCAUCCUUGGGAAGAAGACCCGUAGCCAAGGCUCGCGGGAAAGUCAGAGGAGCAAAGAAGAAAACCUCCGGUGGAUCCGGAGGAGUUUUUGCCGCAAUGAUGGACGACAGUGACAGCGAUUGACGAAGCUCGUAUCAGAAGCCAAUGCUAUGCCGCGUAGGGAACGCUCAAUAACUUCUUACUAUAAAGAGUCGAAUCAUUAUUUUGCUAUUAAAACUGAGUUACCUUACUCUAAAAAAUUAUUUCGAUUCGAAUCUCGGUGGACCUAACUCCCUCAAAGCAGCAUCGUUUGAAAUGCGUUGGUAGGAUUCAAUCUGCUUCCACAAUUCAAAUUCGUCAUUUCUCGCCGUGAAAGCGAAUUCCCGGGACCAAUCUCUCAUGAAGAGCCGAAAGGCUUCAAAGGUACCAACCUGUCGCCAUGCUAUGUCGUGCCUUCGUAACUGAUGCCCCGUUUCGGUAGAUCCUUUGUUUAAUAUAUCAACAGAACCUUCGCUAAGCUGGACACGCUGAAGAGAUGGGGGCGACUCGUCCGACGGGAAAUACCGCGAGUGAAAUUUUCGAGCCUGGGCCCAGGUCCCAUCAAGUACGAUGAUAUCAUACGUAUCCAUGCUUCUCUCGUUGACUUGAGUUUUUUCCUUGCAUUUUUCGCAAUCUUUGGAAGGUUGUCUUUCCUCCCUGGUGCUUUUUUGGGGGUUGACAAUUUCAGCCAGGGUCUUGGCCGUUUCGUCGGGAAACAGCAAUAGGGUGGUUCGUUUCGAAUCAUGGAUAGAUUCCAACAUUUCCUGCAUACUAUGUUGAUGCUCGGGCCCAAUACCUCCCACGAC